AUGUAUACGCCAAACGAUUCGAUGAGAGAAGAGAUAAGCCUAAAAGUGUUUGUAAAUCACGAUUGGUCCAAACUUUGUCCCGAUAUCUUACGGUCGAUCCUCGAAAGCUUGAGCUCUACUGAUUUUCACCGAGCAAAAACUGUUUGCUCAGAUUGGUAUUCAAAUUGGAAAACAUGCGUGAAGCCUCUUUGUCCAUGGCGGAUCAUGUACGUAAAAGAUUCAUUGAUGUUGUUCAAACCCGGAGAAGACAAGAUUUACAAAGGAACAAACGUUGGACUCUCCAACGACAGCUAUUAUAUGGCUAGCUCCGGAAACUGGCUCUUGAUGGUAGAUUCUCAUCUCGGUUUCUACAUUUUUAACCUGUUAACGAGCAAAAGAAUUGAUCUUCCAUCAAUGGAGUCUUCAAUUCGCGGUGGAAAAGUGAGAUUCGAGCAAAACCACGAGCAUGGAUUCAACUGGGGACACUUUGUCGAACCUUCUCGUAAGGUUACCGUGUCAAAAAUAACCAUCACACGGGAAAGUAGAGCUGUUCUGUGGAUAGACGAGAGAACAGGAGAUUUUGUGGUUGCUUGGAUUUUUAACUAUCGUUACUUGUUCUCAUACAAGAAAGGAGAUGAUUCGUGGUGGAACUGGAAUAACCAUUGGAAUAUGGAAAGCUUGAAUUUAAGUUUUUUGGAUUUGGCUUACAGAAACAGCAAGCUUUAUAUCUACAUUACUAAGAGUCACAUCAAAGUUGUUGAUUUCUCUGGAAAUGAUCCCAUAGAAGUAAUCGAUAAAAACCCGUAUUGGGAACAUCCGUUUCGAUACUUAACCAAAAAAGGGGAAUACAUUAAUAAGAGGAGAAUAGCGAUUCAGAAAUCAGGAGACGUUUUGAUUAUCUUGAGUGUAUUAGCACAAAGAUCAAAAGAGAAAGUUUUAUUUUACAUCUUUAAGAUGAAUCUUGCGAGUAAAAUAUGGGAAAGAGUAGAAUCUAUUGGAGAUGAUGAGAUGUUGAUCUUUGGUCAUGGGGUUACGAUAAGAGCACCGGUUCAAGAUGUUGGUGAUGGAAUCAAGAGUGGUUCAAUAUGUUUCGUCAGUGACGUAUGGCCACCAUAUUAUUCUCCUGCUGCUACAAAUUGGGGUGUCUUCGAUCUUGCAACAAGUAUAAUCAAAUGGUCUAAGAAAGACAGUUUUAAUAAUAGAUAUGUUCAAACUUAUUUGUUUUUUCCAGGAUUUGCUUAG